AUGGUGGGGUCCACUGGCGCAGUAAUCCAAAGGAAUCCAGCAGGCGCUACUGCGUACUCACCUGGGACUGGUCAUGGCAGCAGCAGCAGCAAUGGAGUGCCCGCCUUCAAAUCAGUGCUUCCUUUGGAAGCUUCCAUAUCCGAUAUCGUGCAUCGCAUCACGCAGGAGGUGCUGCAGCCCAUCCUUAUUCAAUCUCAGCAGCCUGUCCCCCCGUCUCCGUUCACCUUUACGCAUUUAGACCAGCUGCAACAGCAGCUGCAGCAGCGCAACCCCGGAAGCGGCAGUAUCACUGGCACGCCUAGCCGCAGAGCAGCCAGUGGUGUUGCAGCUGCGACUGCUGCAUGUCGCAGCUCCGGAGCGGCAGCUGCAGGAGGCCUUAGCAGCCGCUCCGAAGGGGCUGCCUCAGACGGUCUGUCCUUCCCGUCCUUGCACCCUCCCAAGGCAAUAGACAGCCGGCUGCUGUUGGUGCUCGUGCCUCACGAUGGACGUCUUCUAGGACAGGAGGCACUUGAGGAGUUGGCUCGGGCUGUAGCUGCAGCGCUCAACACCAUGCAGCUGAUGACUCCCGAGGAGCGGACCAAGUGCAGCGCCCUGCCACCAGACAGAAGCUACGAAACCAACUAUUGGGAGUGGAGAGACUUCCUGCAACGGAAGCAGCCAACAGGAGCAUCCUUGAGUUGUGUGUUCGGCCGAGGCAUGUUGCGGUCUCUGCUCCUUUGCUGUUGUGCACCGCUGUUGCGAGACCUCUCGGGGGGGCCCCUAGGAUUUUGCUGCGCUGCAGUCUUCCAUAGACUCUGCGAUGAGGCUAGUCUCAGCCCAGCCUCCAGACACGCAGCGCUUCAGUCAGUGACGACUCACGAUGCCACUCUUGAGUCUUUCUUGGUGUCGGAGUCGGGACUGGGAUUCUUGAGCCGCGAUUUCGGUUCCGCUAGGGAGGAGCAGUCAGGCCUCAUCUCUUUUGCUUGCUUGACAAACGACCGCCAGCCGCUACAUUCCAUGGCCCUUGUUGCCGCGAAAAACAUCUUCUCCAGACAACUCCCUAAGAUGCCUCGGGAGUACAUUGUACGGCUAGUCUUCGAUAGGAGCCACUAUACUUUUUGUCUCAUCAAAAAACAGCAAAUCAUUGGAGGGUGUUGUUUCAGGCCUUACUUCAAGCAGAAAUUUGCAGAAGUAGCGUUUCUUGCUGUCACUUCGUCCGAACAAGUCAAGGGCUAUGGCACCCGCUUGAUGAACCAUCUCAAGGAACACGUGAAAAAGAGUGGCAUUGAGUACUUUUUGACUUACGCAGACAACUUCGCUGUGGGUUAUUUUCGGAAGCAGGGAUUCACACAAAAGAUCUCGAUGCCAAAGGAGAGAUGGUUCGGCUUCAUAAAAGACUAUGAAGGAGGAACCCUUAUGGAAUGCCGCAUCUCUCCAAAGGUUGACUACCUGCGUCUCUUCGAGAUGCUCAACGACCAGCAGAAAGCUGUGCAGAGAGCCAUCAUGCGACUCAAGCCUCCCCGCGUGUUCCCUGGGCUAACCUGUUGGCAGAAAGAGCCGAAUCUCGUGUUGCAUCCCUCUCAAGUACCAGGUGUCUUGGAGUACGGCUGGGCCCCUCAAGCGACAACUGACCCCGGGAGUGAAGGGGCAGCGGCGGCUCGGCCGCUUCACGAGCAGAUCGUGCAGGUUCUAGAUGUUCUUGCACGGCAUCACAGUGCCUGGCCUUUUCAUAAACCAGUAGCAAAGGACGAAGCUCCAGAUUACUAUGAGAUUAUUACGCAGCCUACUGACAUCUCCACUAUGAAGAAAAAAGCGAAGAAAAAGCAGUUCCCCUCGAAGGCGGCAUUCCUUUCCGAGCUAAGGCGGAUGUUCGCCAACUGCCGUCGCUACAAUGGACCAUCUACGAUAUACUACAAGUAUGCUAAUGAGCUGGAAAAGUUCAUUUGGCCAAAGGCGCUGCAAAUUCAAGACACCCAAGAGCCAGCGACCGUUGCUGAAGCAAUUCGAUAA